AUGGUGGUGUUGGUGCCGGUGCGGGUCUGUCCUGGUCCAUUCUGUGCUGGUGUUGGUGCUGGUGCCGGUCUGUCCUGGUCCGUUCCGUGCUGGUGUUGGUGCCGGUGUGGGUCUGUCCUGGUCCAUUCUGUGCCGGUGCGGGUGGCAUUCUGCUCCAGUCGGUGCUCAUCGGGUCCAUCACAGUCCAGUCCAGUCUGGUCCAUCCUGGUUGGUGCCAGUUGGGCCUGUCCCACCCCAGUCCAGUCCAGUGGGUCUGUUCUGGUCGGGUCCAAUCGGGUCCAUUAUGAUCCGGUGUGGUUUGAUGCAGUCAGUGCUAGUCAGGUCCAUUCCGGUUUGUUCCGGUCAGGUCGGGUCGGGUCUGUCCCAGUCUGGUCCGGUCCAGUCCAGUCAGUGCCAGUCGGGUCUGCUCCAGUCGGGUCUGAUCCAGUCCGUCCUGGUCAGGUUCAGUCCGGUCUGGUCCAGUCAGUGCCGGUCAGGUCCAUCCCACUCACAUCUGGUCCAGCCCAGUCCAGUUGGUGCUGGUCCAGUCCAGUCGGGUCUAGUCCGGUCAGGUCCGGUCCAGUCCAGUCAGUGCCAGUCGGGUCUGCUCCAGUCAGGUCUGAUCCAGACCGUCCCAGUCAGGUCCAGUCCGGUCUGGUCCAGCCAGUGCCAGUCAGGUCCAUCCCACUCACGUCCAGUCCGGUCCAGUCCAGUUGGUGCUGGUCCAGUCCAUUCGGGUCUGGUCCGGUCUGUCCCGGUCAGGUCUGGUCAGACCGGGUCCGAUCCAUCCCAGUCGGGUCUGGUCCAGUCCAGUUAGUGUCGGUCAGGUCCAUCCUGCUUAGGUUUGGUCUGGUCCGGUCCAGUCCAUGCUGCUCCGGUCCAGUCGGGUCCGCUCCGGUCGGGUCCAAUCCAGUCGAUCCCGGUCGGGUCCGGUCCAGUCAGUGCUGGUCCAGUCUAGUUGGGUCUUGUCUGGUCCAGUCCAGUCAGGUCGGGUCUGGUCUGUCCCAGCCCGGUCUAGUCUGGUCCAGUCCAGUCAGUGCUGGUCCAGUCCAGUCUGGUCCGGUCCGGUCCAGUCCAGUUGGGUCGGGUCUGGUCUGUCCCAGCCUGGUCUAG